AUGUCCGAAGUCGUAUAUAUCACCACUGAACCCUCAGACCGGAUUCAAGUAAAAGGAAUCACCCAGACCCCUGAUUUGAUCCACCCACAGCUAAUUGAAAGCGUCGACGCGAUCAAAGGCCGCCAAUUCCGCGUUUCCGGUCCCAUCCCCAAAGGCGCCUGUCUCCUCAUCGACUCCCCCUACGCAAUCAUCCCCGUCGUCGACGAACCCGCCCACAACGACAAUCUCAUCUGCAGCAAUCCCGCUUGUAACCGGCAAGCACCCCGCCACAUCCGGACUCCAUGUCCGAAUGCCUGUAUCCCAGAUGUGACGUGGUGCGACAGCACAUGUCGCGACGCUGACAGUCUCCGACAUGGGUUUGAAUGCGCUUGGCUCAAACGGUAUGCGGGGACUAUUCGGUCUAAAUGGAGUGAAUAUGACUUUGGCAUGCUGUGGGUGAUUGUUCGAUUGCUUGCUGCGCGACAUUGUCAGUUGCAUGAGGUCGGUGUUGCCGAGUCGACGGGGCAUUGGAAGCCUGGAUGGAGUGGUAUUGAAUCGCUUUGUGGUUCUGAGGAGACUUGGCCCCAUGACAAGGUCCGAUCAUGGUCUGUUCUUGUGAAGAAGUAUCUUAGGAGUAGUCCUGCUCUUCCGCAUGAGAUGACUGCCGAUCGUGUUCUUCAUCUCAUUUGUCAAGAAGAGGCAAACUCCUUUGGUCUUUACCCACGAGAAACAGGCCAUUUCCCCGUACCGAACCCUCCUGUCGAUCGAGGAGAGCAAUUCGCGGCUGCUGUUUACCCCACCGCGGCAAUGGCUAAUCAUUCAUGUCUGCCAAAUAUCAUCCAUAAAGCCGACGACAAGGGACGGAUGGUCUUUACCGCCUCCCGUGACAUUUAUCCGGGCGAGGAGUGUUGCAUCUCGUAUUUCGACCUCACCCAAUAUUCGGAUCUAACUUCACGUCGCGAGCAUCUUCGAAAAUCGUUUCGUUUCGUGUAUCUAAAAGAAACUUACUACAUAGCACUAUACCACAAUACAACGUAUGAUUGA